AAUUCUUCCACGCUCUUCUGUAGCUUUAUUCUCCAGGGUUCAUGACAUGUUUGGAUUUGGAUUUCAAUGGGUUGUGGUUUUCCCGAAUUAAGGGAACAGAAGUGGGAACUUCUAGUCGCCUUCAGGAUGUUUCAUCUCAAUUUUUUGCGUCUCCUAUAUCAGUUCCUCUGAGCUCCAAAUCCAAUUUCGUCCGGAAGAAUUAGAACGAGCAGUAGGUUGUGCGCUUGUGCCUGCUCCCAAGGAAAUUAAAUGCUAAUUUGGUUGCUUCUCCAUGUUAUGAUUAAAAAAAAUAUCCAUCAGGAUUUUCUGAUGCAAUUGACGUUGUCCGAGCAUAAGACAAUUCAUUACCGUUUGCCCCGUGCCCAUAUCUUACUUUAGUUCGACUGGGAUGGCUUAUCACCAAAUUUCCAGUCUUCAAGGAUAGCCUUUUUUUUAGAGCCUUCAACGGGGAUAGCUGGUCCGGUGGUUCUGUUAGGUGCCUGUUCCUUUCACAAAGAUAAGUCUGCGUUUACAUGUGACUUUGUUUCAUUCCUUGAAAACGAUGAACAAAUGGGAGGGUUGGUUUGGGCUGAAGCCCUCGGUGGUUACACAAUUUGAUACUAUCUCCAUAGCCUAGUUACUUAGGAUAAUAAACAAAAGGGCAGUUCAGUUUGCUCUUAUAAAAUUUGGAUUCCAAUUCCAAUAAUGAGAGAAACACAAAGAAAUUCCUUCAAGUUUGUUGCUAAGAUGUCUUGUUGCUUUCUGUUUGGAAAGAGAGCUCAACAUGUUGUUGAAGGCGAUGAUGAUGUACAUAGCGUGAAGGUAUUUUCUUACAACGAGUUGAGAAAGGCGACUCAAGAUUUCAGUGGGGCAAAUAAGAUUGGAGAGGGUGGUUUUGGUUCCGUGUUCAGGGGUAUGCUUAAAGAUGGCACAUUAGUUGCAGUGAAGGUGUUGUCAGCUACUUCAAGGCAAGGUGUCCGAGAGUUCUUAACUGAACUCACAGCAAUUUCUGACAUCAAGCAUGAAAACCUAGUCACUCUUGUCGGUUGCUGUGCUGAAGGGUCCCAUAGGAUCCUUGUUUACAAUUAUCUUGAGAAAAACAGCCUUUCACAGACAUUGCUAGGCUCCAGCUAUAGCAACAUUCAGUUCAACUGGAGGGCUCGUGUCAAAAUUGCCGUGGGUGUUGCCCGUGGACUUGCAUUUCUUCACGAGGAAAUACGUCCUCCCAUUAUCCACCGGGACAUUAAAGCGAGCAACAUUCUGCUUGACAAGGACCUUACCCCCAAAAUUUCUGAUUUCGGAUUAGCGAGGCUCCUCCCUCCAAAUGCAACUCACGUGAGCACCCGAGUUGCGGGCACAUUAGGAUACUUGGCUCCUGAAUAUGCUAUCCGAGGUCAAGUGACAAAAAAGUCCGAUAUAUAUAGUUUUGGAGUUCUUCUGUUAGAAAUCGUCAGUGGCAGAUGCAACACCAACACAAGAUUGCCUCAUGAAGAUCAAUUUCUACUUGAGAAGACAUGGGCACUCUAUGAGCAAGGACAUCUAGAUGAGAUCGUAGAUGUCGAUAUAGGCGAUGACCUGGAUGUCGAGGAGGCAUGCCUAUUCUUGAAAGUUGGCCUCCUAUGCACACAAGACGCAAUGGCACGCCGACCCCACAUGACAACCGUUGUCAGAAUGCUCACAGGGUCUAAGAACAUCUCCAUGGAGAAGAUUACUAGGCCCGCCCUGAUCACCGAUUUUGCCGAACUCAAGGUCAGUAGCAAACCACAAGGAGCAAGCGAGACGCGCUCCUACCCAUCGAGAUCCUUCACCACCACAGAAGUGACGGAACCGUUCUCAUCAUCGGAGACAACCACACAGACAUCAAUGUGAAAAGUUGGAAUUAGUGUUGCUCGAUUUGUACAUUGCAGUGUGAUAGAUGAAUGCAAUUUUUGGAGGAAUUUCUUUGUUUUCUUUACAAGGAGAGGUUGGACAGCAACCUGUUGCUUGCUUCCUUGUACGAUGUAAAUAUUUGGAAAUGAAGAUUGAUCAAGAUAAUCUUUUGCAUGACUUACAUUUCUGAA